AAUGACAGCCAGGUUCAACUCAAAAGGAGGGAAGGAAGGUUACAGUCAUUCAAUACUAUGCGCCUACAAACGUCUCAGAACAAGAGAAGAAGGAGGCGUUCUACAGACAACUACAAGCAAUAAUGGACAACGUCCCAAAUGGCGAUAUCAAAAUCCUGAUGGGCGACAUGAAUGCGAAGCUGGGAGGAGACAACACAGGAAGAGAACUCACCAUGGGUCGUGAGGCCCUCGGUGAAAUGAACGACAAUGGUGAACUCUUCUCAGACUUCUGCGCCUUCAAUGAUUUGGUGAUUGGUGGUAGUGUGUUCAAACACAAGGAUAUACACAAGACGACAUGGAUUUCACCAGAUGGAAACACCAAGAAUCAAAUAGACUUCAUCUCAAUUUCAAGAAAGUGGAGACGGAGCCUACUGGACACAAGGUCAAGGAGAGGAGCAGAUGUGGGUUCAGACCACUAUCUAGUAGAAGGGACUUUCAAGGUGAAACUAAAAGCCU